UUCACCAUGUCUGCUAAUGUCAACAAACCCGUCGACAUCAAGCAGAAGGAGAAUGACAUCAACCGCAAGCUCCAGAUCUACGGCAUUUUCAAUGCCUUCAAGAAUGGCAAAACGCCUUCUAACGAACAAAUCGACAUUGCCUUGAACAGCUUUCUAGAGUCCAAGGCCCUCAACAGCCCUUCCAACAAGCUCUCCGCCGAUGGAAAGGUGCUAGUGGAGGACGCGAGAGAAGUUGUGAAGCUCGCGAAGCAGCUUCUGCUGUCCAAGAAUCACGGCAACCUGAUUCAGGACUUUAUUUGGCAGACUACGCAUUACGAUACCAAGGGCCUCAAGUCUCCAAACGCUCCGUUGACCAAGGACACUGCGACGCGGGACAAGGAUGAAGCUCUCGAGGGGCUGCGAACUUUGGGCACUUUGCUCAUAACAAAUGGCCAGUUCCGGAAACUGCUCAAGGAUGCUUCUGUUCUACUCCGUGACAUGGUUGGAGACGGCGCUAUGAACGCUGCGAACAAGAUUCGUCCCUCUGAUGAACAACUCAGCCAGAUGGACGAAGCUGCUCCCGACAACACAUGGCAUGAGAAGCCUGAUCUUUCCAAGGAAGGGUUCAAGAACCAGGCGCGAACGCUCUACAAGGGAGAUGUCAAGCAGGAUGCACACGAUGCUGUCGCUGCUACUGCCCUUGGGGGUGCGACUCCUCAAGCGAGGAUGGACCAGGCGGGAUCUUUGCAUCCACCGGGAGGCGGUGCCAUUAACACUACUCAGCUCAGCCAAAACACAUCUGCCGACGCAGCCAAGGCAGUGGUGAACGAGAAGUUGGAUAAAAACCUAGACAAUGAUCUUCAGGAGAAGGCUCAGACGCGGAAUGAAGAGUACCGUCGCAGAACCAGAGAAUACCUGAAGAAGAAGAUGCCUCAAGAGCGCAGAGAUCAGGUAGUCUUCCGUCUCAAAAAGAUUGUGCUUGAAUGCCAGCAGCACCCCGAUUACAUGCAGGCCGUGCAGACUCUUCUUCGGCUGGCCGAGGAAUACGGUCGACAUGGACGCAACUAUGGAAGAGGCUCUGCCGAUUCCGCCAAGGACGUGCGAACUGGGCUGUCUGCGGCCGAGGAAGAUUUGCGCACGUUGAUUGAGCGCUUCGCCAAUGGCACCUCGACCGAAGAUUUGUGGCAGUCAAUCAGCCAGAUCUACAAGGAUGCCGAUCAAGACCGAGAGCUCAACGAUUGGUUCAAGCAGGUCGACACCUACAUCCGCAAAUGCCUCUUGGAGCAGGGCUAUGUUCUCGAGGAGCAGUCUACCGACGAUUGGAAUCAACUCUACGACCACGGCCGAUACUUACUUCGUGAGAAAUACCGCAGCCACACUGACCGUGUCAUUGACGAGGUCAGAUUUAUUGCGGAUCAGUUCGACCAAGAUCCCCAAAACAAGGCAUUCGGUCUUGCCAUCCAGAAGCUUUUCAACGAUUUGGGCAAUGACGAGGACGGAAAGCCUGCGUUCAAGCCUCAUCUCGUCAAGGAUCUGACAGAAGUCAUCAUCCCUGCCAUCCUUGAGAACAUUGCGUAUGUUCCGAUCCCACGCAUUGAGUACUCUGACCCCAAAGUCGAUGCCAUUAUUGAAAAUCUGGUGCUUGAGAGCGACAACUUCAUGCCCAACAUUAUUGAGAUUGCCAGCGACAACUAUAUGCGCUGGGGACGCAAGAAGUUUGCAAACAAGCACACGCAUAGCUUGGAUGUCAAGGUUACUGGUAUUCAGAUGGAUCUCCGAGAUGUCAGCUAUCACAUCAACCGCAAGAGCGGAUUUCCUUCCAUCACCGAUACUGGAGUGCUCGACAUGGUGCUCCCCGGCGACGGCUUCUCUUUCAGGCUCAAGGUAUCCACCCCAAGCAAGAAGGAUGCCCAGCACGUGUUCAAGGUGGAAAAGGUAGACGUCAACGUCCAGGGCCUGAAACUCAAAGUUAAGAAGUCGAACCACAAGCUCCUAUUCGGCCUCUUUAAGCCACUUGCGCUCAAGGCUAUCCGCCCAGGGCUACAAAAGGCAAUCGAGAAGGCCAUCAAGGACCAGUGCAACCAGGCCGACGAAUUCCUCUACCAGGUCAAGCAGGAGGCCGAUCGUGCCGCCGAAGAGGCCAAGGCCAACCCUGAGGAGGCCCCCAACAUUUACAUGCGAUACUACAAUGCCAUGCAAAAGAGAAUCCUGCAAGGCAAGGAGAAGGCAGAGGCUUUUGUUUCGGACAAGAAGGUCAACAUCGCCGUGACUAAGCAGGACAGCAUUUUCCCCGACAUUCACUUGCCUGGCGGCAUCAGCUCCAAGGCGACUGAAUACAAGGAGCUCGCUGCCAAGGGCAACAAGUGGGAGAGCCCCGUCUUUUCCAUUGGCGACGCCAAGAAGAGCACCGACAUUCCCAGCGUGCCCCGAAUCGAGAGAAAGGCUCAUACAGUCUCUGGUGGACACACCAAUGGCAAUGUGAAUGGCAAUGUUGGCUCUCUCAAUGGCAACAUCCAUGGCAACAUCAAUGGCAGUGGCUUGGCCAACGGCAAGGGCCUGGCUGUGGCUGGCGAAGGCUCAAACGGCGGCCCUCUCGGCGGACAUGUUCCCGCUGCUUACUAGGGAUGCAGCGGUGGACUUAUUU